AUGAGCCACAUCUACGGCAGCCACCUCUCCCCCCUGGGCAGCCCGUCCAUGGUUUACCUGCCCGCCGCGCUCGGCUUCACCGCCGGGGGGGCGAUGUCCCGGCAGGACCCCCCUCAGAAACCCCCCUACAGCUACAUCGCCCUCAUCGCCAUGGCCAUCAAAGAGGCUCCGGAGCAGAAGGUGACCCUGAGCGGCAUCUACCAGUUCAUCAUGGACCGCUUCCCCUUCUACCACGACAACAAGCAGGGCUGGCAGAACAGCAUCCGCCACAACCUCUCGCUCAACGACUGCUUCGUCAAGGUGCCCCGCGAGAAGGGCCGGCCCGGCAAGGGCAGCUACUGGACCCUGGACCCGCGGUGCCUGGACAUGUUCGAGAACGGCAACUACCGCCGCAGGAAGAGGAAGCCCAAAGCCGCGGCCCCGCCGGACGCCAAAAGUGGCGAGCAGCCGGGGCCGCCCGCUCGCCCCGUCGAGCCCAAGCGGGCCAAGGGCAGCGCGGCCGCGGCGCCGGGGGACGCGGGGGUCCCGCGGCCGGGCGGGGGGACAGCGGCUUCCCCCGGGGGGCCGGCCCCGCUGCCCCCCGCUGCCGCCCCGCCGCACAAGAGCGGCCCCCGGGGCCGCAGCUUCAGCAUCGAGAGCAUCCUGGCGCAGGGGCUGCGGCCGCCGCCCCCCGGGGCAGCCCCCAAGGCGGCCCGGGAGAGCCCCGCCGGCUGCCUCGGCGGCUCGCUGGUGGCCAGCGGCGCCUUCGGGCCGGCCCUCAACGCGUCCCUCAUGCUCGACUCCCAGGUGCACGGGAGGCUUUACCACAUCGGCAUCCCCUUCCUCUCCUGCUUCCCUCUGCACUUCUCCGAGGCGGUGUUUAAUUUCCAGUAG